GAUGCCCUUCUUUAGCCGUGACGACGAUCACGCCUACGAUCGCAAGUCCUGAGCUGAGCUGGCGCCAGUUACGAGGAUCGUACCCGCGACGCGGAGAACAAGUUGCCGAUUGAAAACGAAAGAGCAGCAAGAAUGCAAAGGGAGGAACGUGAUAGUGACCACCCCCUCUUCGUAGUUUGUGCAGAUAGUGGUAGUCAUGAGCGCGUCCGCUCUUCAUUCUAACCGACUCGGUGGCCUUUAGUCGGCCAGGCGAAUCUAUCGAGCGAAGAAGUAAGAAGACUGUCCGCGUGUGUUCGAACGGAUAGGAACUUGAAUGUGACCGUGAGAGAAUGCAGCCCGGUACGAGACUAGAGAGACUCUAUUCGCCGAUAAUAAUAUUACUGUUGUUUCUAUGUUUGAUCGACUGUACUAUCGCUACGUGGAAAAGGCGGGAGGACAAGACCAAAUGUCCCAAAGUAAAGGGCAUACGGAAUUUUGACAUAUCCGAGUUCCUUGGAUCGUGGUACAUAGUGCAGUACUAUGCAAGCUCGGAAGAAGCACUCGCGUACAGAUGCAUGCGAGCCGAAUUAUCGAUAUCGUCAGAAAGUACCGAGGUUACCAUGAAUUUCACUUACAGUUUCACCGAUGAUCCGAUUAAUGAACAACUUGUUGGCAACAUCACCUGGAAAAUUCCUUCCCCGGAGAUACCUGCUCAUUGGAUACACGCUGAGUACCCGUAUGAAGGUGUGUACAACACGUACGUGCUGGAUUCGGACUACAAGUCGUGGGCUUUACUAAUGCAUUGCGCGGAACAAAGCAAAAGUCCUCGAUAUUUAUCGAGCUUCAUCAUGAGCCGAGAACCGAGUCUCGGAGCUAACGUUAUUUCUUACCUCCGCGAGAAAUUGCCCAGAUAUGAUAUCGAUCUGGAGUACAUGUUUCCCAUGGACCAGAAUCAAUGUAACAAGACAGAGACUUCCGAAAUGGACUUGCUGCUUCCACCAUCGAUAGUACUCAGAACGAACAACGUGACACGAAAACACCCACUGAAAAGGAAGCAUCGACGUGCUUGAAUUUAAUAUGCGAUUCUUGUCCAAAUAGGUUUUAUGAUACGACUAGUAGUGUGAGUAUGGUGCAUUUUUCAUUGGGACUACCAUCUUAGCUCAAAUGUUGCUUAAAUUAUAAUAAUAGAUAAUGACGAUUGAAAAUGGAGGAUGAAAGAUAGACGCAAUUGAAUUCCUCUGGAACUGUGAAUAAUUAUACAAAAAUAUGCAACAUUGAACUUUCUCUUUUGAACGAUCACGGUAUUAGGUUCAUUAAAAUAUUAAAUACGUGUAUUUUUUUGAACACUAAACAGAUCAAUGAUAACGAAAUAAUAAACAGAUAGACUCGAGAUUAAGUUAUCGUUAACCGUACUUAUCUAAUGAACUUCUGUGAUGUGAGUGUAUAUCUCGUAAAUUUGUUAAAAUUUUAUAUAUUUAUACAAAUAAAGGUUUCAUUUCUCUUAAAAAUAAAUUAUAUCAUACUUGCAAGGAUUGAAAUCGAUCUAAUUGAAUUGCCAUUAUUAACUCAUCAUUACGUAAUUAUAAAAGUACAUUGUGAAGUACAGCAAAUACGAAAACGUUGAAAGAAUUGAAACUACAAAGAAGGUAUCAAUUUUAAAGAAUAAAUAAACACACGAUUAAAUGAAAUUAGUCUCUUGGUAUUUCAUUUUCAUUGCACGAUUGAGAGGCCGGCAAAAAAGGGUAAUGAAACAGCAGCUGCUUAGACACUUUGGGCUAGUUUUAUUAAUUCAAUUAACAACGUGUUAUAAUACUCUUCGUCUCUUUCUCUUACUUAUAAUUACAUAAUUGUAAUGAACUGUUAUUGUUUUCUUUAGACCCGUCAUCUUUCAACAUCUUAGCGUAACUCAUCCAAAGUCGCGGACACACACUUGCAGGAGCACGUAGGAUCAUUAUGAUCAUCAUCAUCAUCAUCAUCAU